AUGGGCCAAUUCUUGAAAGAUGAUAUACCCAGGAUCCGAAUGAUGGUUCUCGAGACUGACGAGCCGGUCCCGGAUACCUUGAAGGAGAAGGGCAGGUUGAGCGAUAUUCUGCAUCAUCAUUUCACCAAGGCAGGAGAACAGCAUGACCCUCCUCUUGGUAUCGAGACGGACGAGAUAUUCGUCAUUACAGAGAAAGGAGGAAAGGUUCCGAAAUCCGAGGAGUUCGAAGACAUCCACUGUGUUUUAAUCACGGGAAGCAUGCACGAUGCCCACGGGGACAACCCCUGGAUUUUGGAGCUUCUGGAUUUGCUAAGAGAACUUUACCUCCGCCGCCCCGACUGUACACUAAGCGGCGUCUGCUUUGGCCACCAACUCAUCUGCCGCCUCUUCGGCGCCAAACUUUUCCGAAUUUGCGAGGACGUGGUGUUCCUGUACCAAAUGCACCGAAAUCACGUUGUGGCGCCGCCUACGUUUGAUUCGUCUGAUGGACUCCUGGAGCCGGGCGCCAAGGUACACGUCUGGGGGUCUAGCAAGCAUACGAAGGUUCAGGGGGUGUUCAUUGCGAACCGGGUGUUCACUACGCAGGCUCACCUGGCGUUUGAUGAAUAUUUGGUGCAUAGGCAGAUCGAGGCAAGGAUUGAGAGUGGAGGGAUCAGGGACUUGGAGCAUGCAGAUAAGGCUAAGGAGACGGCGCAUUGGGAGCAGAUGGGAACAUGGUUGCGGCCGCCAUCUUGA